GGAGCUCAGUCUCCAUAGCCCCCUGGGGAGUACUGGGGUGGAGAGAGGCAGGUGGGGAGGAAAAUGCUAAGGAGAAGUUUGGAAGCUUUGAACUGGUCAGACGACUUUGGGAAACCUGGCAGCAAGAGCCAAGAAGGGAGAGGAGAAGAUAGGCAGACAGAGGAACAGCUGGGGACUGGAGAAGCUGACGACGGAUUCACGGCUGUGGGAUGAAGCUGCUGCCCAGGUGGAGAGCACUGCUGCCUGUGGGUCCUUGGAACAGGGCCUGGCCGUGGGCACAGCAACCCAGAAGAACCGCUCACACCUGUGCCCCAAAGAUGAGGGCCCAGGAGGACCCCGAGGGCCAGACACAGCAUGAGUCCCUGGGCUCAGCAGGGACCUCCACGAGGGAUCCCACGAUGUCCCUGCCUACAGAACCCAAGUUUGACAUGUUGUACAAGAUUGAGGAUGUGCCACCCUGGUACCUGUGCAUUCUGCUGGGCUUCCAGCAUUACUUGACAUGCUUCAGUGGCACCAUUGCUGUGCCCUUCCUCCUGGCUGAGGCACUGUGUGUGGGCCGCGACCAGUACAUGGUCAGCCAACUCAUCGGUACUAUCUUCACCUGCGUGGGCAUCACCACCCUCAUCCAGACCACACUGGGCAUCCGGCUGCCGCUGUUCCAGGCCAGCGCCUUUGCAUUUCUGGUCCCAGCGAAAGCCAUCCUGGGCCUGGAGAGAUGGAAAUGCCCCCCAGAAGAGGAGAUCUACGGUAACUGGAGUCUUCCCCUGAACACUUCUCAUAUCUGGCACCCACGGAUACGUGAGGUCCAGGGUGCAAUCAUGGUAUCCAGCAUGGUGGAGGUGGUGAUCGGGCUGAUGGGGCUGCCUGGGGCCCUGCUCAGCUACAUAGGGCCUCUCACGGUCACCCCCACAGUCUCCCUCAUUGGCCUCUCUGUCUUCCAAGCUGCUGGCGACCGAGCUGGCUCCCACUGGGGCAUCUCAGCUUGUUCCAUUCUCCUGAUCGUCCUCUUCUCCCAGUACCUGCGUAACCUCACCUUCCUGCUGCCUGUCUACCGUUGGGGCAAAGGCCUCACUCUCUUCCGCAUCCAGAUCUUCAAGAUGUUUCCUAUUGUGCUGGCCAUCAUGACCGUGUGGCUGCUCUGCUAUAUCCUGACCCUGACGAAUGUGCUGCCCUCAGACCCCACAGCUUAUGGAUUCCAGGCACGAACGGACGCCCGAGGGGACAUCAUGGCUAUUGCGCCCUGGAUCCGCAUCCCCUACCCCUGUCAGUGGGGCCUGCCCACAGUGACUGCGGCUGCUGUCCUGGGAAUGUUCAGUGCCACAUUGGCCGGCAUCAUUGAGUCCAUCGGAGAUUACUAUGCUUGUGCCCGCCUGGCUGGUGCACCACCCCCUCCAGUACAUGCUAUUAACAGGGGCAUCUUCACGGAAGGCAUCUGCUGCAUUAUCGCAGGUCUGCUGGGCACAGGCAACGGGUCCACCUCGUCUAGCCCCAACAUUGGCGUUCUAGGGAUUACCAAGGUGGGCAGCCGGCGCGUGGUGCAAUACGGUGCGGGCAUCAUGCUAGUCCUGGGCACUGUUGGCAAAUUCACCGCCCUUUUUGCCUCGCUCCCUGACCCCAUCCUGGGGGGCAUGUUCUGCACCCUUUUCGGCAUGAUUACGGCUGUGGGGCUAUCCAACUUGCAGUUCGUGGACAUGAACUCCUCUCGCAACCUGUUCGUGCUUGGAUUUUCCAUGUUCUUCGGGCUCACGCUGCCCAAUUACCUGGAGUCCAACCCCGGCGUCAUCAACACAGGCAUUCCUGAAGUGGACCAGAUUCUGACUGUGCUGCUGACCACAGAGAUGUUUGUGGGUGGGUGCCUCGCUUUCAUACUGGACAACACAGUGCCAGGGAGCCCAGAGGAACGAGGUCUAAUACAGUGGAAAGCUGGGGCCCAUGCCAACAGUGAGAUGUCUACCAGCCUCAAGAGCUAUGACUUCCCCAUUGGGAUGAGCAUGGUAAAGAGGAUUGCCUUUCUGAAAUACAUUCCUAUCUGCCCAGUCUUCAGAGGAUUUUCAAGGUCAAAAGCCCAGCAUCCAGUUCCAGAAGACACUCCAGAUAAUAUACAUACUGGGUCUGCGUGCACCAAAGUCUGAAAAAUUACUUCUAGGAAAGGAAGCAAGUUUUGUAAAAGGAAAAGAAAACUACAUGGGGAAUGAGAAGACCCUAAGAUGGAAUUCCAGCUCUGCUCUAAACUAACUUCUAUGAAAGCCUGGAUAAGUCACUCUCUUUGGAACCCUAUUUCUGCAUCAGUUGGAGGAAGAAUGGGCCAAAGUCUCUAAGAGCUAGUAUUCCAGAUCUCUAAAUCUUGACUUUCCUAAGCAGACAUGUCAGACAUUCCACAAUAGGUGGAAAUCUGCCUCCACCAUAGUUGAUAAAGAUGAAAAGAAAUCAAAUUGUAUUACAGGGCCUGAAAUGUCAGAAUACUGGUAGGCUUUCAGAUUGAAUAUGAUCCCCCUAUGCCACUUACUUCAUGACCUAAGUAUAUUAAAUAACAUCUUGAAGCAACAA